CAUGUUUUGCAGUCACGAUGAAGUGACAGGCGGACGGUCAGUCGCCCACGAUUCUUUACAAGGCUUGUCGUCAAUGACGUUUGUUGUUCGAGCGCGCACAACUAGACCUGUAGGUAUUCUGCCCUUUCGCUCCGCCAACGUUUUUUGGUGUUGUUGCUGCUUCCACGGGUUGCUUUCGUCAUUGCACUUCUACCUGUCAACCACUAAUUGGAUUUCUGACUGGCCACGAUGCACUCACUAUAAAGCCCGCCCACCACCACCGCGCACCCACAACAUCCCAACUUCACUCUACUCCAACGCGUAAACUUCUCGCGCUCUCGAAGUACACACAUACCACUAAACAACAUCGCGCAACGCCUUAACCUUAACCUCAACCACAACUACAAACACAAUAACAACAACUAACACACCCUCACCCACAACCACAAAACCCACACAAUGCAGCCAACGCACCUCCUCACCGCCCUCCUCGGCCUAACAGCAAGCCUCAGCCUCCCCGGCGCCAGCGCCUUCCGCUCGACGCGCUUCCCGCCGAAACCGCGCUUGCGCAACCGGCUCGCGCACCGCGUCACCGCGAAACCUGUGCCCACUACCAUCGCUGGCAUGACGGCGCGGCCUGGCGCGGUCGCGCGGGUUGUGGCGCCUACGGCGACUGCUACAACGGCGAUGAGCUCGGUGAAGGGUCCGAUCACGAAACCGGUCACGGUGCCCUAUAGUUGUGGGCCUGCGGGGUGCGUGCUUAAUGUCCAGGCUAAGACGAGGACGCAAGAGGGGGAGGGGAAUAGGUGGGUUGCUGCUGCUGCUACUGCUGCUGCUGUUACUGUUACUGUUACUGACAUUGUUACUGUUACUGUCACUGCUACUGCUGCUUAUGAGGGGGAUGGAAAUAGGGGUUGUUGGACGGAUGGACUGUGGGUUAUUUUUUUCAAGCCUAUGAUAUUUCUUAAUGCUAUUUUGGUUGCUAUGAAUUUGUUGCUAUGAAUUUGAAUAAUAGGUAGUUGGUUCUUCCUGUCUGUAUGUCGGACUUUGUUUGUAGAUUUCUUUUGUUUGUUGUUGUUGGUGGUGGACUCCCUGCAGAGUGCCACGUGUGUCGUAUAUAGAACUGGCUUCUUUCCAGACACUGCCAUUUUUAACUACUUUAAUUACCCCGGCUUUAGAAUAGACAGCUAUGUUUAAGCUUUUGAUUUAUGC